AUGUCGAUAGCUCCCCUGAUACCAGUGAGCUCUCGAAGCACCGUAGGGGACGAUUUUAUAUCGAAAACUGGGUCUGUGAGCUUUUUGUUUGACUACACGCUUGACUUUGGGCUGGAACGCACCAUUGUUAUCUCUCGACUUCGAGAGCCAUCUGAAAUACCAAGGCCUGCGGAUUAUAUGGAGUUGCUACCAGUCGCUUACUACCUUUCGGUUGAUCCGAGAUUCAGGUCCGUCUUGUUGACACCGACGUACGAGACGAUUGCAGCGGUAUCCUUCGUUUCUUUCCCAAAACCAACUUUAGAGUUUCAGGAGCCAUCGGAUAUCCUCUCCUCUAGAAAUCCUGGUUUUGGCACAACAAGAAAGUUUUCAGGAAAAUCUAAGGGGCACAAAAUACGAUUUUCUGGUGAUCGCGGCGCCACUAUCACUUGGGAACGUCGAGUAGAUGAAGACGUCUUUGAUUUAUGGGUAUCCGACGGGUUGGUGGAGUCAUCAUCACCAGCCCCACGAUCGCAAACUCGGAGAGUAGGAAACAUGAGAAGGACUUCGACCCUUGAUUCAAAAAGGAUUGUGCUUGAGGCAAAUACCAGAUAUAUCGGAGAAGUGGCAAUGCUAGCAUCUGCGCUUGCCGUGCUCAAGAGGGAUGCUUUGGAGGAGAAACGCCGGAAGAAGCCCACCAAAACAAGAAGGGUGUCUCUGCCAUUUGUUUCGGCAUCUGCGUAG